CCUUGUUGGGGCGGCGUGAACGAGUCAGCCUGCCCGCUAGCUUGCCGGCAAGGUCUUGUUCAGGAUUGCAGCUCGUGUCGGAGCCGCGUCGAUGUAGCGUCCGCUUGCUUCCCAAAGGGUCAGAGAUCGGAAGGUCAAGGGAUAGAGGAUCCGGCGCGUGGAGAGUUUUUGGACAGAUUUCUGCUGGAUAUUUCGAAAGGAGAUCUUAAAAACCUCUAUCCCGAGGCUGAUCCUCCGCUAGUAUCGUCGCUGGAAAAAAGAAGCAUUUGUAACAACUGAAGCUUUAACAAUUUGCAGUCCGGUCUCAUGUUCAUAGAAUUGGAAAUAAAUCCAAUUAAUUCAGUGACAUUUAGUCUCAGCUCAUGAGCCUGAAUUUAUGUUAUAGAUCAUGGAGGAUACGGCUUUGUCACUUGGAACAAUAGAUGUUUCCUACUUGUCAUCUUCAGCAGAAUGCACUGUCACAAGAUGUAAACAUUCCAGUGAAGAAUGGGGAGAAUGCAAUUCUAGGCCUACCGUCUUCCGAUCAGCCACUUUAAAAUGGAAAGAGACUCUUCUGGGCAGGAAUAGACCAUUUGUGGGACGCUGUUGUUACGUAUGCACUCCUCAAAGCUGGGACAAGCUUUUUAAUACUAAUAUUCCUUCUUUGGGUCUGCGUAAUGUCAUCUAUAUUAAUGAGACACAUACACGGUACAGAGGUUGGCUUGCUCGGCGAUUUUGUUAUACUCUCUUCGUGCAAGAGCGGGAUGUUCAUAAGAGCAUGUUUGCAAAUAAUGUGAUGGAAAAUGUACUGAAUAAUAGUCGAGUACAGAAUGCUAUUAUACAGGAGUCUUCAGAAUCAUCAGCUGUAAAUGGUCUUAAUCAGCUGGAAUCUAGAAACAUUAACAGAACCAAGAAGAAAGCUAGAAGGAUCCUUCAAGAAAUGGUAGCAAAUAUCUCUCCUUCUCUGAUUAGGUUAACAGGUUGGGUUUUAUUGAAAUUAUUUAACAGCUUUUUUUGGAAUAUCCAGAUUCAUAAAGGCCAACUAGAGAUGGUGAAAGCAGCAACUGAGCUAAAUUUGCCUCUUGUCUUCUUACCGGUUCACAAAUCUCACAUUGACUACCUACUUCUCACAUUCAUUCUUUUCUGCCACAAUAUCAAGGCACCCUACAUUGCAGCAGGAAAUAAUCUGAAUAUUCCUAUUUUCAGCACCUUAAUCCACAAACUUGGAGGGUUUUUUAUUCGAAGAAAAUUAGAUGAGAGCCCUGAUGGCCAAAAAGAUAUUUUGUACAGAACCUUACUGCAUGUGCAUGUUGAAGAGUUGCUUCGACAGCAGCAAUUCUUAGAGAUAUUUCUGGAGGGGACACGGUCCAGGAGUGGGAAAGUAGCCUGUGCAAGGGCAGGUCUUUUAUCAGUAGUAGUGGAUGCUCUAUAUUCAAAUGCUUCUCCUGAUGUACUAAUUAUACCUGUGGGAAUCUCCUACGACAGAAUAAUUGAAGGUCACUAUACGAGUGAACAGCUGGGAAAGCCCAAGAAGAAUGAAAGCCUAUGGAGUGUAGCCCGAGGAGUCUUUCGAAUGUUACGAAAGAAUUAUGGAUGUGUUAGAGUUGAUUUCGCUCAACCAUUUUCUUUAAAAGAAUAUUUAGAUUGCCAAAAUCAGAAACCUUUGCCUGUUCCCCUUUCUUUGGAACAUACUCUAUUACCAGCUGUACUGCCUUCAAGGCCUAACUACAUAGUAGGAGAAAGUACAGAAGCUGCCCUUCCUGAUUCCAGAGAUUUAUCUUAUGAGCCACUGAGAAGACAAUUAAUAGCUAACUUGGCAGAACACAUAAUGUUCACUGCUAACAAAUCAUGUGCUGUGAUGUCAACACACAUUGUUGCCUGUUUGCUGCUCUACCGACACAGACGGGGAAUUGAUCUUUCUAAGCUGGUGGAAGAUUUCUUCUCCAUGAAGGAGGAGGUCUUGGCUCGGGACUAUGACUUGGGAUUUUCAGGGAAUUCUGAAGAUGUUGUCAUGCACGCUAUCCAUUUGUUGGGAAACUGUAUAACUAUCACAAACACCAGUCGGAAUAAUGAGUUCUUCAUCACUCCCAACACGUCUGUUCCUGCUGUCUUUGAACUCAGCUUUUAUAGCAAUGGGAUACUGCAUGUCUUCUUCAAAGAGGCUGUCAUCGCAUGUAGUCUUCAUGCUUUACUGAAUAAAAGGCAUAAAAAUGAUAUCAGUGGGAUUCUGCCCAAUGUGAUUAGUCAAGAACAACUGGUCCGAAAAGCUGCCAGCCUCUGUUAUUUGUUGUGUUACGAAGGAACUGUUUCAUUGCCCUGUCAGCUUUUAUGUCAAGUGUGCCAUGAAGCAAUUGAACAGUUCAUACAAUAUGGACUUCUUUUAGUAGCAGAGCAGGAAGAACAGGAGGAUAUUAGUUCUAGCCUUACAGAGCAAAACUGGGAAAAGAAUAUUCCAGAGCCGUUGUCCUGGAGGAGUGAUGAGGAGGAUGAAGAUAGCGACUUCGGUGAAGAACAACGGGAUUGCUACUUGAAGGUGAGCCAGUCAUUGGAGCACCAACAAUAUAUCUCCUUCCUGCAGAAGCUUCUAGGGCCAUUACUGGAGGCAUAUAGUUCAGCCGCCAUCUUCAUCCAUAAUUUCAGUGGACCUGUCAGGGAGACAGAAUGUCUUCAAAAAUUACACAAAUAUUUAAUAUCAAGAACAGAAAAGAAUGUUGCAGUGUAUGCUGAGAGUGCCACCUAUUGUCUUGCAAAAAAUGCAAUUAAAGUGUUUAAAGACAUGGGGGUAUUUAAGGAGACAAAACAGAAGAGAGAGAGUAUUUUAGAACUAAACAGUACUUUUCUACCUCAUUGUAAUCGGCAAAAACUAUUGGAAUUUAUUCUGAGUUUUAUUGUACUUUAGAAUAUCUCUCAACUUCUCCUAGCAGACUUGGAUGAUGCAAUACAAAGCUUCAGGGUUUGGUUCUGCUUCCAUAGUAUCAGUAGUGCCAUUUUUGGCAAGGCCUUAUCUGACCCAAGCCAUAAGAAGACAAGUGCCUUCUUACAUAUGCACAUAUGGGACUACAAUAUUUAGAAUUCAAACAUAUUGCUACCAUCCAGCAUGUUCAAUCAAUGUUUGCACAAUCCCCUGAGUUUUUCCAUAAAUCUGAUCAAGUAUUACGGUUUUUACCUUGCAAAGUUCUACACGUACUUUAAAACUAACGACUGACAAAUGUACGCAUCUGCCAGAUUUUAACUGCAUAAAAUAAUUUGGAUUACUAUGUGAACUUUGCAAAAGCUCUGUCAGCAUAACUACUUCAUUGUAUUCAAUAUUGUAAAUGAAUGGUUUUUAGGAAAAUUGAAUGGGAGGCUUGGAACGGGCGCAUAAUAUUUUAUUCUACUAAUAGUAUGGUAACAGUAAACAAAAAGAACAAAGUAAUUAUCAGGAUCUCAUUAAAAUUAGUUGAACAGCAAACAACCUGCACAAAGUAUGAUCCAAAUAGCAAAAUACGAGUAUAAAAAUGUAUCAAUCUUUCUCCCAUAUAAGAAUUAAAAAUUCAUAAAUUGAUGCGCUAAAGAAAUAGAUGAAAUAAAUUUGUCCUAAAAGUCCUAAAAGCUUUUCCUGAUGAACAUUUAAUCCAAAAUUUUAGCACUCAUGUUUUCCUUGCAAGCACUUGGAACUCAGAUGUAACUCUGGCUUAAGCUGUCCCAAAAGACAGCUGGACUUCUGAAGAAUUGAAGAAGCUUCUUAUAUGAGAAACAAAAUGUUUUCAAUUUCUGUCCUGGAUCUCCAUAGACAUCUGGCUUAAGCUCUGCAAAUUCAUGAAAUAACCUAACACAUACAUUAUCUCAUUCUAAUCUUGAUUGAUUUUGGAUGGAGGAUGCUUUGCUAUCAUAAAGUUUUACAAGCCAUACUGCUGAAACCCAUGAGUGAUUUGAACUCUGAGGUUAUGAUGAUAACAUAAAUUGCAAGCAAUUUAUUAGGUAAUCUUGGAGAAGGCAAUAACUUCCAAACUGGAUUACAAAAUGAACUCUACAGACUCAUACACAAUAUAUCAGCAAAAGCACUAAGCAAGGCAUUUAUUUUUAAGAGAGAAAACAUGCUGCCUUAUCCCCUGAAGAAACUUUGCCACUGCAGUGUUAAUAGUAUUUCUCUAGUUCAUUUUUUUUUUCAUUUCUUAUCUGGAGUUGAGAAAUAGUUUGAUUAUGAAAAUCCAUUUUUGCUUCUUUUUUUAAAUACAUGCCUGAGUACUAUUAGCAUAGUACUAUCACUCUGAUACAGAGCUUCUGGACAGUUUUAAUUUGGGUCUACUCCACAAUUCUGGGUUUAUUCCACAUUUGUGAAGCUUGGAUUUUCUAUAAAUGUAUCUAUAAAGUAAAACAUUACAAUGUUUUUCAGUAUUAUCCUGCAGUUCUGAAUGACAGGAACAACUAUGCAUGUUUGCCAUCAGGUGCUUUAAAACAUUAAGAUAAAUAUUUGAACCAAAGUUGCAUCUGAUCAAUAACAGAAAUAGUCAGGAAAUCUGACUUAAUUUUUUAUGGCAGGAUAGCAGCUGAAAUGAAGUUCACUUGUUCUAUUAGUCAUAGCUACAUGCGGCAAUUAUUUUCCAUUGCUGCUUGUUUGAACUGUUCAUUAAACCUGAAUGUAUUUUCAAAAGCAAUUUCUAAAGACUGAUGAUGGCUUCCAAUUAAGGUCAGAUAAUAGGUGCUUGUAAAUAAAUAACUUCCUGUAGUUUCACUGUAGUUCAGUAAACAUCCAUUGUAUUAAUAGAAUUAAGAUUGUGUAUUAAUAAAAUAGAGCCAAACAAUAUAUUAUAAAUGACAUUUUGCUCAUUUUAAUUAAAAUGUUAUGUCUAAUUUAAAGAAAUGAGGGACUAGGAAUUAGUUUGGACAAUAGAAAAUAAUUGCUAGUUGUCAUUUCGUGAGGGUAACUUAUUACAUUAUUAAAAUGUUCUUUAGCUGGUAGCAGUGUUCAUUUGAAUUGAAGAGAUAUGCAAUAUAUUGUAACUACUAAUAUGAAAAUAUGGUUUAAGUGUCAUAAGCAGAGAGACUUUGCAUGUGCAGAAAUGUCAGUCUGGGAAUGUUGUUUAGGGGCAGAGGACUGUGGCAUGGAUGUAGCAUGCACCUAGCAAUGCACCUAGCUUGGCUUUUCCAUGAAGGUAAAGUACAAGCUCUUUACUGCAAAGCUGCUAAAUAGAAUGCUGCUUUUUUAGGGUAUUAUUUUCAAAUCUCAUGUUCAUUAAUCUACAUUUUCAAUUCUAAAAUAAAUUAUGACUUCUAGUUCUGGUUCUAGAACAACCAAAAUAGAUACUGAAAUGCAUUACAUUGAUAGCUUAACUGAAAAUAAUAUGGUAAUCUAAAGGACAACAUUCUAUGUAUAUUUGUUUGUUGUGUAGAAUGAAUAAAGUUAUUUUUCAGGUUUCCAAUAAUUUUCUAAGAUUACACAAUGGUUAACAAUACUAAUAUGUUAUAUCCUUAAGCAAACAUAAUUUACCCAAUUGUCUCCCUGCAUAUUUUUUUUAAAAAAAUAACAUUGGCAUAAUAUUUUCAUAAAUGAUUGGGAUAGAAUUGCAAAAAAACUCCAAAACCACCCUGUAGGUGGUCUUUAUUUUUACUUGUGAAACCAGAUAAAGUCUCAAAAAAUUUUUACACUACUUUUUCCCUUUAUAACAUUCCCUUUGUCUCUUAUGUAAGAAGCACAGCUGCACAGUCAUUGUAUUUUAAUAAAUAAUUGAAACUGUU